UCUGAUUUCAUCUGAAUGGAAACGGCGAAAACUGGACGAUCGGCCGCGAAAGAAAACGGCGCGAGUAUCGAGGAAUGUCUUAGCGUUUUCAAGUCCGAUAAGUUCGACGCCGAUGCUUUUGUUCAGUCCAAAUGUUCUCUCGACGAUAAGGAAAUAAGACAGCUAUGCUCAUACCUGUUGGAUUUGAAGAGAGCUUCAGGUGAAGAAAUGCGUAAAAGUGUGUAUGCUAAUUAUUCCGCCUUUAUACGUACAUCUAAGGAGAUAUCUGAUUUAGAAGGAGAGCUUUCGUCUAUUAGAAAUCUAAUGUCAACACAAGCAACAUUAAUUCAUAGUUUGGCUGAGGGAGUUCAUAAAGAUGUGUCGUCCCCCAGAGCUUCUGAAAGUUCUACAGCUAGUAACUUGUUAACUAUCGAGGAUAGAGAACCUUCAGAUCUGGAGAAAUGGUCGGCUGAAUUCCCUGAUCUCCUGGAUGUUUUAUUAGCUGAGAAGAGAGUCGAUGAAGCUCUGGCAGCAAUUGAUGAAGGAGAGCGUGCAGUUUCUGAAGGGAAGGAAACAAAUUCAUUGAGUCCUGCUGCACUCGCAUCUCUAGAGACUGCCGUUAUUGGGAUCAAGCAAAAGUUGGCUGACCAGCUUUCUGAGGCUGCUAACCAACCCUCUACGCAUGGUGCUGAACUUCGUGCAUCAAUAUUAGCUCUUAAAAAGCUUGGUGAUGGGCCACGUGCUCAUACUUUGCUUCUUAAUGCGCAUUUCCAAAGAUAUCAAUAUAACAUGCUUAGCCUUCGCCCAUCAGGCACCUCAUAUGGAGGAGCAUAUACUGCUGCGCUCUCACAGAUAGUGUUCUCUGCUAUUUCUCAAGCUGCCAGUGAUUCCUUAGGUAUUUUUGGUCAGGAACCAGCUUAUACUUCAGAGCUUGUAAUGUGGGCUACAAAACAAAUAGAGGCUUUUGCCCUUCUGGUUAAAAGACAUGCGUUGGCUUCUUCAGCAGCUGCUGGUGGUCUAAGGGCUGCUGCAGAAUGUGUUCAGAUAGCUUUGAGUCAUUGCUCAUUGUUGGAAGCUCGUGGCUUGGCUCUUUGUCCUGUGCUUGUGAAACUCUUUAGGCCUAUUGUUGAGCAGGCACUCAAUGCUAAUCUGAAAAGAAUUGAAGAAAGCGCUGCAGCUUUGGCUGCUGCUGAUGAUUGGGUGCUAACAUAUCCCCCGGGUGGUACUUGGCAAUCUGGCUGGCUCUCGAGUGCAUCCGUUGGUAAUACAACAGCAUUUCAGCAUAAACUAUCAAGUAGUGCCCAUCAAUUCAAUUCAAUGGUCCAGGAUUUCUUUGAGGAUGUCGGACCACUAUUAAGCAUGCAGUUGGGAGGGCAAACAUUGGAAGGUUUGUUUCAAGUGUUUGAUUCGUAUGUAAAUAUGCUCGUUAAAGCAUUACCCGGUUCAAUGGAUGAAGAAGCGAACUUUGAGACUACUGGAAAUAAAAUCAUUCGAAUGGCUGAGACUGAGGCCCAACAAAUUGCAUUGCUAGCAAAUGCCUCAUUGUUGGCAGAUGAUCUUCUUCCGCGAGCAGCCAUGAAGCUGUCCCCAAAUCUGGCUAGUUACAAGGAUGAUCUCCGUAGAAGAAAUUCAGAUAGGCAAAAUCGUCCUCCUGAGCAACGAGAAUGGAAGAGGCGCCUUGUGAAUUCAGUUGAGAGACUAAAGAACACGUUUUGUCAACAACAUGCCCUAGAUCUCAUUUUCAAAGAAGAGGGUGAUAGUCAUCUUACUGCAGAAAUGUACAUUAAUAUGGAUAAUACUGCAGAUGAGGUGGAAUGGUUUCCAUCUCUAAUAUUUCAGGAACUCUUUGCAAAACUAGACAGGAUGGCUAGCCUGGCGGCAGAUAUGUUUGUAGGAAGGGAGAGAUUUGCUACAUUGCUAUUGAUGCGGCUUACAGAAACUGUCAUCAUAUGGCUUUCAGGAGAUCAAAGCUUUUGGGAUGAUAUCGAGGAAGGACCAAGGCCUUUAGGUCCGCUUGGAUUACAACAGCUGUAUUUGGAUAUAAAGUUUGUCAUAUGCUUUUCUUCCCAAGGUCGGUACCUAUCUAGGAAUUUGCAUAGAGUUGUCAAUGAGAUAAUUGCUAGAGCGAUGACCGCAUUUGCUGCUACAGGGAUAGACCCGUAUAGUGUGCUGGCCGAAGACGAGUGGUUCAACGAGAUAUGUCAAGACGCAAUAGAACGAUUAAGCGGAAAACCAAAAGCCGUUCCCGAGCGGGAUCUGUACAGUCCCACUGCCUCUGUUUCAGCACAAUCCAUCUCAUCUGUCAGAUCACAUGGGAGUUCCUAGCCAUUUCUUUAACCUUUGUAUAUUUGAAGGCUAACAUAAUGGGUAAUGAAUCUCUCAAUUUUUUAUUAUUAUUAUCAUUUGUUGAAUGCAUCAUAUCUACCGUCACAAAGCUGGGAUUUCUUUGAUC